GAAUGAAUGUGAAUGAAUGAAUGAAAUCUGCUCAUGACUUCGGGAUUUUAAGUAUCAAGUAUUAUAGGGUUAUUUUAUUACAUUAUUUUACGCACUGUUCUUAAAGAGUUCAUUGAGAUUUGUGGAGUUUGUUUUGAGGGUAUUUUUUUGGAUUAGUUUGGUGAGUGAGUGACUGAGUGAGCAUUGGUUGGUUGAUGCUGUAGAGGGAGGGAUUGUGCGAUUGUUGAAAUUUGAGGCUCGCUGUGCGUUAGAGAAGAAGAGAGAGAUAUGAAUGAGUGGGAUUGGAAAUAAGAGAUGCAAUGUCGGAGCAUUUGGAUUUGAACCUAGAUUUGAAGAAUGUGAGAAGGGAGGAUGAACAGAUGUGUAUGGGACAUGAAUAUGUGCAUGGGCAAAGGGAUAUACAAGGCAUACGGUAUUCGCAGACCCAGCAGAUGCAGUACCAACAGUCCCAAUCGCACGCGCAGAAAUUGAGAGAGGAUGCUACGAGGAGCGGAGAUGUGCGGAAUAUGCUGACGGGAGAAAGUUCGAGAGCUCCGAGGUUAGAGAGAAGCCCGCAUCCAUAUCAUAAGAAGCAUGAGGAAAUUUUCUCGGGGAGUGAGAGGAGCGGUGAAAGGGUUGGAGAUGUGGAGAAUGGGAUGGAUCCCGAGGUGGGAAUUCCGCGACUUCCUUCUUCGAGAACUACGUACUCUAGACCUACUUCCUUGAGACCUCCUUCAGGUCCCUUCACAAGGCCUGCUUCCUCGGGAACCCCAACAUCGCCAUCACCACUGCGCUCGACACAGAACACCGAUGAUGAAUUUUGUAAAGGUGUUAGGAUAACAAUUAAUGGAUCACUGGGUGGAUAUAUCGAAUCUACAAAUAGCGACAGUGGGACCGAGGCAGAUGAUGAACAUUUCCUGAAGGGAUUACCUGCUCCAAGGAUAAAACCGCAUAAAGGAUUGAGGGGUGAGAAUGGCAGCAUGUCGAGUACGCCUAGUCCAUUGAUGAGUCCGGCUAUAUUGGAAGAUGAGAUACGAUGGAAGGAAAGUGCAAGGAUUAGAUCUUCUAUGCCGGCUUCGAAGAUACUUACUGCGGAGGAGCAGAGGAGAGUUAUUGAAAAGUUUAGACAGAGGAGGAAGAUUGAAAUUAUAAGGAGAACAACUGAGGCUUUUUUAUUAUGUUUUGUUGGGGGAAUAAUAUACUGGAGUCAAGGAGUUAAGGAAAUUCUCUAUUUAUGGAGAAAUGGUAUGUUUCUACUUCUAUAUUCUCAAAACCAAGCUAAUUAUCAAGAACUUGUUUGUCAAAUCCUUAUUACAAGUGGUUUAAUAGCUUUAUACCCUCUUCGAUUAUUACGACAUCUAAGAUCUCGGACACCAUGGAAAUUCACAUUCCCUAUUGCUAUACCUGCGACAUUCGAUCCGGCUCCUUUAUUAUAUCCUCCUACAUUAACGAUGCUUGUUUCGAUUUUACUUUCAGUCAGUGAUCCUAGUGGUCUUUUAUCAAGUAUGAUACUUGCCAUAUCUACAUUGCCGAAGAAAUUAAUACCCGCUAUUGGAGGUCUUGAAGGUCGAGAUAUGUUACAUUGGGUAUUGGCAUGUAUGCCAUUAUUUACGACGACUUUAACCAGAGCUCCACCCUUGGGCAAUGAAUCACUACCUCUUAAUCCUGAAGUUUUGGUUUUAAUACCACCAUUACAUCAAGCUUUAUGUGCAACACUACAUUACCUCACCACGACUAGUCUCCUAUCCGCCGAACUACAAUUAUUAUCAACCUCCCUCAUAAGUCUCUUACUUCGAGCAUCAUCACCACAAGCAGUUAUUUUAAAAGCACUUCUUUGGGGUGGUGGCAUAGGUAUUCUAGUUACUUGUACACAUGUUCUUAGAUGGAGUGUUGCAUUAGCUAGAGUACCAACAUGGAGGUUCAGAAGACCCGAAACGAAAAGAUCGAGUUUCAGAUUUAACAAGGGAUCACUAUCAUUUGGUAACAAUACGAUAAGUGUUUUUGCUAAAGAUACAUUUAUUAGUGAUACGAGUGAUGAUGAAUUUCUUCACGAUCGUUCACGAAGGAAAAUGGGUAAAUCACAAGCUACAGAUUCCUCUCUUCUAGAUGGAGAAAUUCAAUCAGGUAUCUUGAGAAGGAGUACCUUACCAAAUUCUCCUCCAUCUAGUCCUUCAAAACCAAUGAAUACUAGAACAUCAUCUGGUCGUAAGAAAAGAUCAGCUUCAAUUAGUCUUCAAACAUUUUCAAAAUUAACAUAUACACAAGCUAAGAUACGUAAAUGGUUAUAUGCUAUUUAUGUAUAUCUCUCUAUCCUAGUUAUUAUCCUACUAGGUAUAAGAGAAUACGUAGCAAAACAAGCUUUACAAGGUCAUGAACCUAUAGGAUGGGCUUUAGGAUAUUUAUUCGGAGAUCUACCACGUUUUCGAUUCGAAGUCGUUAUUGCUAAUUUACAACGAUGGAUACCACUUCCUCCUCGUUCAUAUAUCGAUUCUGAUACAACAGGAUCAGGAACCUGCGAACAAAAAGGCUGGAUUGAACGAAUUCGAUACUCAGAUUUUGGACCUACUAAUACACGUCUCAUUCUCUCGACCUAUUGGCUUCUUAUCUUAAUAACAGGUCUAGCAAUAGUAUUCCGUCUUUCUUCAAUCUACGAAGUUGAUACCCGACGAAAAGUUUUUCAUUUCAUGAUGGUUUUUAUCCUUUUACCUUCUACAUUCGUCGAUCCGACAUAUUGUGCCCUAGCACUCAGUUUAAUAUUGGCGAUAUUUUUACUACUAGAUAUGGUGAGAGCGACACAGUUACCGCCGUUUAGUAGAUGGUUGGCGAGAUUCUUAACACCGUAUGUUGAUGGGAGGGAUUUGAGAGGUCCGGUGGUUGUUAGUCACAUUUUUUUGGCAAUUGGGUGCGCGGUGCCUCUUUGGUUAAGUUUGGGAUCUGUAGAGCGGAGUAAUUCAUCGCCUUGGAUGCAGAAUGCAAAUGAAGAUGACAGUGGAAGAAGAGAUGCGAUGAUUGGAUGGGAAGUUCAUAAAAGAAGUUGCGAUGGUGGAUGGUGGCGGGGGGUUGCGUUUGUGGUUAGGAGAUGGGGAUGGGGAGAAGAGUCGUUGGUGGUGGAGGGGUGGCGAAAGUGUGGAUUAGGGGGGGGGAGGGGAAGUGGUUGAGAGGGUGGUGGAGUGGUGGAAAGGUGGAUGAUGGUGUGGGGGUUAUAAUAUGGAUGGAUAUGGAUGGAUAUGGAAUGGAAAUGGAAAUGGAAAAGAAGAUACAUGGAAAAACACACUAGGAAAAAGUAUCCUAGCAGCUAUAAUAGCAAGUCUCACCGAAGCGGUUUUGACGGGUGGAAAUGAUAAUGUGGUUGUACCGGUGGUACUUUGGUGUUGUGUUAAGGGGUUGGAGAUUUAGAUUGCGGAGUUAGAUUGA